CAAUGGAUGUCGCUUUCAAUCAAUAAAAUUUCCUAUUUCUUUACUUGUUGUUGCUCUAAUUAUAAUAAUAGUAAUAAUAAUUAUUUAUACGACGCUCUUUCCUUCCAACACUCAAUUCAUUUCGACGUCAUGUUCUUUGUGCUUGCCUUUUUGCCAUUGUCGAUUUGGGGAAAUCCAUGAAUGUCUCAUAGAUUGUUGCCUAUGCUUGACAUCAUUCCUUGCUGAAUAGAGGCUUGGUGUGAUUUGAAAUCUACUUUUUAUAUCUGUCCAGGUUCUCUUCUUGUCUUUUGUCUUUUACCAAUCCCAAUUCUCCUCAUUACAGUACUUUGUACAAUUCUUUUUUUCCUCUUCUCUCCCCUCCUGAAAUUCAGUCUCUCCAUCUUCAUUUCCAAGUGAAAUCUCUUGUUUUAUCACCUUUCUCUUUAGUUUGAUUUGAUUUGAUUUGCUUUGCUUUUCACAGGAGUUUCUCCUUCUUCCAGUUGUUCUUUGAUUUUCCGUUUCAUAUUCUUUUCCAUUUCGACUUCCAUUUCCAUUUUUAAAUUUUCAAUUCAGUUUCCUUCUGUUCAAACUCCCUGAUUCAUAUCAAUUUUUCUCCAUUUCUCUCUAUUGUUUCCACUAGCUAGCUAUGCUCUCCACCCCUCCCAUCAUCGCUCCUACUGCUGAAGACAGUACUGAACAAGAUCUCAUCUCCAACAUACCAGGUGCAUACACCGAAUUUACCCAACAACAAAAACCGAAAUCGCUUGCUGAUGCUGCCAACUUUCAGUAUCUUCCCAAGCUUCAUGGUGAAACCGCUCCUUCUCAACCUCAUACCGGUUCGCAAACUUCCACCAAAGGCAAUGACAAAGACAAAGACAAAGACUAUGACUACGACCUAGACAACGACGAAGAUUUCGACCGCUCCUCCUCGUACAGUCGCUUGACCGACGAGUACUACGGUGAUCACGAUUUCAGUGAUUAUUACGGUGAUCUCGCCUUGUAUGCUUCUCUCCAUCAUCAUGAUGACUUGCAAAAUAUCGAGCGGUUUCACAACAAACCAUCUGCUUUUGCUUCUCGAGACGGAAAUUUGUCAAAACACCCUACCCAUGCCUAUGCUCAUACAAACCCAGAAGACAAUAGUCACAAUUAUGAAAUGGGCGAUUCUCAAACUCUCCCAAUGACCGAAAGCUUUGCCGAUUUGCUGGAUCCGCACGUUCAUUCUUCGGAUCAUAGCCAUGAAGACGCUUUUGGCAACUCACAUACCGAUCGCGGUUUUACCUACCCCCCUACUAUGCCCGUGGUUAAAUUUCCCGCCAUCAACUCUUCCUCUUCUGGUCUCAAUUCUUCUUCCUCGAAUAUCCAGAUAAAUUUCGUCAAUGGUGAACCCGUGUUUCCUCGCACUUCCUCCAGCACGUACAAACCCGAAGCAGAUGCCGUCUCCAACCUCUCUUCGAAAUCUUUUGUUAAUAAAGAGUAUGUCAUGCAUGAAGAUAAAGUCAAGGACAAACUAGCUCAACCCGAGCCCAUCACCGUUUCUGAACCGCAAGAAGAUUUGAAAUCGGUUUCCGACCGGCCACUUAAUUUUUUUCCUGAACCGUCGCCUGGUCACGCGCAAACGUUUUCUCCUUCGUCGUCGCCAGCAACUUCGGAUACUGUAGAGAACGAGUCCAAGCAGACCGAGAGUUCAAUUCAGCUUCCUCCGUCGGCCCAGAAAAACGAAUCCUCUUCUUCUUACCCUAAAAGAAGGGGAUUCCGACUUUGCCAUGAAACCGACAUUCUUUACGAGGACCCUUCUGUUCAUCCUGUUCGCGUGUCUGUUGAUAAUGGACCCAAGCGCCGAUCAAGCAUCAAACAUGCACAGCAGAACAAGUUCCACACUUCCUCCGACGCAGGACCCACUGAAACCCGACAUAGAUCGUUCAUUCUUAAUAAUGAAGAUGUCAAUCCGGCGCCUCCUAGCACUGACACUACUAGUCAGGCAUCACAGGAUCCUACCGUUAAUACAGAAUCUUCUAGCCCUUCUUAUUAUCACAAUGGUAGACGCGUUCAUAACAAUACCUUGACACCGUAUCCUUCUGUUUCCGACGCUACUUCGAUGGACGUGUCGUCAAUCACGAGUUAUGACCUUCGAUAAACAGAGUAUAUUCCUUUUGAUUUUCCUUUUUUUUAUUUCUUUUAUUACGAAUGCCACUCAUGAAUCUUUCUAUUUGCUAUCCCUUUGAAUCAGUUACUUUUUUUCCAUCUUGAGAGAUUUAGAUUUCAUUUCAUUCUAUGCCCUGUCUUGUUUUGUUGAUGUAUUUCAUGAUUUUUUUUUUUCUUUUCUUUUUUACGACGGUUAAUGUUAUGAUUUAUAAUAGAAUUAUUGGUUGAAAAUUUGCUUUCAUUUAUUUUCGUAAUCAAUGAUGGACUAUCCAAUUCGUUUUCGUUUUCAAUCCGAGUCCAUCCAACAAUCCUCAAACAUAGCUUUCCACGCAAUUAGAGAUUCACGUACUCUUGUUUGCAAUCAAUUGGGAUUCCUUUUCUAUUUUAUUUUAUUUACUCAUUUCGUUUAUUUAUUUAUUUAUUUACUUACUUAUUUAUUUUUUUUUUUUCACCCUGAUCGCAUUAUUUUUAUUCAUAUCUUUAUCGGCUAAGCAAGUGAUGUCACGGACUCAUCAUAUUAAAUCAUCCUAUAAAGCAUGAUGUCAAAAAAAAAUAAUACCUGGUCUCUGUGGUAUAAAUACCAGAUGGCUCUACAUUCUCAACAUCUAAAUAC